AUGCGUGCGACCCGGGCGGCCAUCGUCGCAACAGCGCACAAGUCGACCGAGUCGGCGCCGUUCCAGCUCCUGCUCGACUGCUACGCGUCUAUCAAGAGUACCGACAACAACGUCGUCGAGCUUGAAGACAAGCUACGUCGGCGCCCCGACGUGUCCUUGAACGACGUUAUUCAGGCCCUUUGCGACACGGAGGACCCGGCCAUUCGCCUCAAGCUCAGCGUGCUCGGCCUCUCGCUGGCCCCUAUUGUCGAGAAAAUGGACCUGGUCGUCGAGGUGGUCCACACGGUCGUGACGGACGUGUGGUCGCAGGUGCGCAAGGACGGCGGGCGCUACGUCGCCAAGCAUCUCGUGCCCGUGCUGCCGUUGCCGACGCUCGAGGCCAUUUUCAUCGAUAUUUUGCGUCUCUGCAAGACCGAUGGCACCGAGUGGCGGUCGCUGGACGGCGGCUUUUACCUUCUUGCAAUGGUGUUGAGCACCAUAAAACGUGUGCCAUCGGCGGGCUAUGUGCUGGGUGGGCACACGCUGGACCACCUGCCGUCGAUCCUUCUCACAGACCUCAAACCGGCGGUCUACAGCGCGAUGAAGAACGAGCAGCUGAGCGUCCGAGAGCACGCGACCGCCGCGAUGACCAACUAUGUGGCCAUUUCGGAUCCGUUUACACAGAUUGGUACCUUCCAAGAAGUCAUUAGCAAGCUUCACUUGCAUUCGCCGCACGAUGUGCUGCCGGCUGCCCACGCCGACGGCCUCUUGGACGUCGCGGCGCAGCUCGUGCCGCACAUUCCCAUCGUGUUCCUCGCCAAGCACUGGCACGUUGUCUUUCCGACGUGUGAAAAAUACAUCAUGCACCUCGCGUCCACCGUGCGCCAAAAGUCGAGUCUUCUCGUGCGCGCCCUCGCUACGCUCAGCGUCGAGGCGCCAUCCGACACGAGCUUGCGCUUGCUGCAGUCCAUCUUGACGUCGCUCGCAACGCCGUGCUCAGUGCAUCCCGACGCGGCGCAGCGCGACUUUUUUUGGCAGCGCCUCGAAGGGCGACUCAUGAGCUUGGACGCGGUGCUCAGUCUUCUGGGCCACCACCAGCUCGCAACAACCGUGGCUGCGAUCGACCGAGUUGAAUGCAAAUCAUUUUUGGCACCACCACCGCUACGGUAA